AUUGCUUUAAAAAUUGUUUUCAGGGGUCAGUUGAAAUGAACCUUCUUUCGUUAUGGGAUAUGCAGUUUUACAUUGUAAUAAUAUUAUUGUAAUAAUAUUGGUAUUAAAUGACAUAUCACUGUUAGUGAAUCUAUUUUCUUCAGUAUGGAAUUUGAUUUCAAUACUAAGCCCCUAAAUGUACAGUUUCAUUAUUGUCAUGCUUUGUGUGUGUGUUUGUAAUAUUGAAAUUUUAUUCAUGUAUAUAUACCUUCCUAAUUUACAAUACUAAAUUUGAAUUCGCCUUAUUAGUUAAAAAUGCUGUCUCUCAGGGUAGAUAAUUUGACAUUUGUUGUAUCUGGUAAGGAAACCCUAGGAUUGAGACAGGCACACUAGUAAUGGGUUGAUUUACAUAAUGAUCAUAGUGUGAUUGAUCUCGUGUCACUGAGAGUUCACAAGGGGUAACCCUACCUUAAGUACUGUAGAAUGUUAGUAAAGAUUCAGUAACAGUUUUAGACGUUUGUAUGUGUAUUUCAUGUGUGAUAUAUGUAUAUGAUAGUCUAAAUAGGGAAAACCUUGCUUGAACCAACUAAGAAUGUGUUGUAAAAAUACUGUUGUACAGAUAGUCAUUGCUGACUUUAAAGUGUUUAAGCUCACCCCUUUCCCCUUCCCAUAUGUCAAUUUCAAUUCUUUUUUUUUUUUUUGGAUAUUAAUCUAACCUCAGAGAAAGUGAAACUUUCAUAUUUACAUUCAUUUACAAAACUGAAGAUUUACAAUUUUAAAACUUAUUUAAUUUUGUAUUAGUACAUAACCAUGUUUAAGGAGAAGAUGUACCAGCACAUUGCCAAUAUUUUUGGUUGGUUUUUAUACUUUCAAACUUGACCAGUCUUGAAUAAAUAAGGUACAGGAAAACAUCUAUUGUUGAAAUGCCUCAUGUACGGUCACAUCUUAGCAUGCACAUACCCCAGAGCAAGCUGAUUUCAAAGGCAGGUCAUGCAUGGUUAAGAAUAAAUACUUUGCCAAAAAUGCAUUACCGAGUGGUGACCUUCGGGUAGUAGGAACUCGCCUGUAUUUAAGUGUUUCAUUUAUAUCGUGUUUGUUUUGCAUGCAGGAAUGCCCACAACUGAGUUUCACCAUGCAUGACAGCUCGAAAUCAAUGCACGUUUUAAAACUAUUUAUUACAUGGUUCUGCCCUACUCUGUUAACAGGACAACCUGAUACCUAGUCACAUGCAUCAACUGCUUCAGACAAGUUUAAAAGAUAAAGGAUAUAUGUCUUAACAUAUACCUAAGAAUGAAUUUGUAGUUUCAAGACAACACACACAUAGUCCAUGUUUGUACUGGAUCACGCGCAGCACAAGAUCCUCCGAGUUCUCAGUUCCUCUGUACUAUUGAUUAAUAGAUGAUAUCGUUGCUAAUGAAAUAUUAAAACAUAUUUUAGUAGCUGUUUAACUUUUCUCCUUUUUUUUUUAUGGUAACUUUCAAGUCAUUUUUUUAAUAGAUAAUAUGAUACAACUCCCUUUGCUGGUGCCGCUUUUAUUCAAUGAUCUUGUAUGAGGGAUAAUACAUGUAUUUAUAAGGAAAAUUUCAUAUUCAUCAGGGUAUAUUAGUACCAAAUGUAUCACUUAUUUAUUGAAUGAGUUGAUUUGUACAGGAAGUAGAUUUUUUUUUAAAGAUAUAAACAUGUGUACCUGUGGUAUUUAAACUAAGAAUAGUUCAAUGAACAAUUGCUAUGGAGAAGAGAGGCUGUUGUGCAUGUACCUACAUGCUUAUAGUAGUUAUUAGCUAAUUAUUGUCUAAAACAUUUUGAUUUAAGUGGAAAAGGGUUGAAAUAUAUAUGAUGAAAUCUAAUUCUGCCUUAUCAAGCCAAGGUUCUUGGAUGUUUCUCAAAUUACGCAAUCCAGGUAACCCCUGUGUCAACAUACCACUGGACAGUUGAGUGGACAUUGUAUAAUCUGUAUUGUGUGGACAUUGAAGUGGACGAUUACGUAAUUCUCAGUUAAAGGGAAAAGAGCAUAAUCCUGUGGAUGAUGAAAGUCUUCCACCUGGCGGCUCCAGACAAAGAAAAUCAGCAAAAACAGUGGUGGCAGACGACAAUGGAAACAUCAUCCAAACACGAACAGGAAAGAGUAAAGUCGUAAAGAAACUGGAGCGCUCAUCACCUAACAGGAAGAAUUCUGCUGAGAAAGCCAAGGACUCCGAGAAAAAUGGAAAGAUGGUGGAGGACUUUGAAAAUGGCGAAAGCAGUAUGAAGUCUGCUCCAUCAGUGGGGGAUGAUGAUGACAGUAGAUCGAGCAGGGAAGAGGAGCUCAGAAAUCCUCCAGAACACAAGAUAUCCAAAAGUGUGUCAGUGGACAAUAAAAUGGCAGUUGUAACGGAAGCAGAGUGUAAAAAUUCUCUAAUACAGAAUGGGAUUAAAGAGGAAUUAUUGGAGGAGGACAUGUCGGAUGGGAUCAGCUGUGAUCCUGGGAGUGAUGAAGAUUACAGCAACACUGAGAUGGAGGACUACCAUAACGAGUCCUCUAACACCAGCAGGUUAUCCCGCAGUGACGAUCAGGACAUGAGUGAAGAUCCAUUCCAGGAGGGAGCACACUUCGAGGUGGAGAAUGGAAUGUUUAAAUGUGAAUUUUGUGGUGUUUUGAAGACAACUGAUGCUGAACUGAAGGCACACCUAAGGACACAUACUGGAGAACGACCUUUCCUGUGUUUAGUUUGCAGUAAAGCUUUCAAUGCUAAAAGAACACUGCUGUAUCACCAGUUUUCAGUGCAUGGAAUAGAACACAAAAGUGUAGCUGCCAGAUACCCAGACAUACGCAAGAGAAAGAUGGAAGCGGGAGAACUUGUAGAUGAGUCUGUAAUUCAGGAAGUUGACAAGAAACGUAGGAAGUUUGAGAAUGAGCAUGGAGUUGGCGUGGUGAGAGAGAAUCUGGAUAACAGCCUUCCAUUCCUAGUGAAUGGUGUAGUUGUGGAAAAUAGCAAGAAACGGGUCUGUGAAAUAUGCAAGAAGGUGUGCAUGAAGCCAAGUGAUCUAAAGAGGCACAUGAUGUCACACACAGGUGAAAGGCCAUUUAAGUGUGAGGUAUGUGGAAAACCAUUUCGAGCUAAGAACAGUAUGAUGUACCAUCUAAAAUCAGCCCAUGGCUACAUGGUCGAGCUAAGUCCGGGACUUGAAGAACGUUACCUAAAGCUAAAAAAGCAGUCAAAGAUACCAUUAAGCACAGGAAAACCUUCUAAUGGUAGCAAUCCACUCCCACCUGGUCAGCAGUUUUCAGCUCAGUCCCAGGAAGAAACUACAAACCCAGCAAUGUUCUCCACCACCUCUACAAACCACUCGGUGGCAUAUCCACCAAUUUUCAACUCCCUGCAGAUGAGAAAUGGUGAUGCUCAGAUAUAUUACAGCUGUGAUGACAGAUCUUUCAAGGACAGUGAUGUUCAACUUGAUGAAUCUUCAGGACUUUUCAAACAAAAAGAUGUGGCAUUUGAAUCUGUCAAUCCCAAGAUAUUUUCCCCCAAACCCUCUGUAAAUACCCCCACAUUGGUGAAGCCAGGUGGAAGUCUUGUUGGGAAAGAAAUCCAUCAAAUCUUCAGCACAGGGUCUUGUGAUAUGAAAGUGGACAGCGAAACUGUCAUGAUGACACGACUGGAUGGAACGUUAUCCUCGUCUGGUCAGAAGGUGUGCGCCUAUAAAUGUUACCUCUGUGGAAAACUCUUCAAUUACCUCAGCAAAAUACAGUUCCAUCUCUCAUUUCAUUUUGAGAGAGAAAUCAAGACAUAUCACUGUAAAUGCUGUUCUGCAUCAUUUCCAUUCCAAUAUCAGAUGCACAGACAUUUACAUAAAUGCCAUACCAGUGUAAUAACUAAUAAAGGAUUAUCUACCUCAGACUCCGAUCCCUGUUCCUCUUAUAUACACACCACAAAUCUAACUUCAGCAACUUCAUUAGCAGAACAUUUUAGUGUGUUGAGAUUCAAGAGGAAAGAUAAUGGUUCAUAUGGUUGUAUGAUCUGCAAGAAGACGUUCUACAAAGAAUCUUCCCUGUUAAAACAUAUCAAAAUGCAUAGCAACCAUGAUUUUUGUUACUGCAGAAACUGUGGAAAGGGGUUUUCCGAUUACGAGUUUCUUCGGGAACACUUUAAGCAGGAGCAUGAGGAAGAUUUUAAAAGUUUUGAAUCUGAGAAAUUGGUUGAUGGAUUUAAUUUCAAAACUGAGGAGGCAAGUGACUCCCUGCUUUCUCAUCUACUGAAAAAGACAUCUGAGUGUGGGAAAGAGACUAACAAGUCUGAGGCUGUUAAUAGGAGAGAAGGUCAUGAUGUUGAAGAAAGAAGAGCAAAGGAGAUACUGAAGAAUGAAGGGAUUGGAGAUGAAAUAACUGUGGUUCUACCAUGUGAUCCAGAGGAUGAGCAAAAGGUGGAAGAAAUGAAAUCCAGUUUGAAUGAUUGGCAAGAAACUGAAAAAGACAAAACAGAUGAUUUAUGCAGUUCUGAAAUACAAACUGCUCCUAAGAUGUCCUUAUUGGCCAAAAUAUCUAGUAAAUCAAAAAGAAAGGCAUCACAACCAGUCAGAGUGAAUCCAUUGAAAGAUGUGAAACCAGUAACUGAAGAUGACCCAGAGGCAGUGGCAGAAACAGAGAAAAUUCCAGAGGAAGAAUUCCAGCCCAUAGCAAACAUUAAAAGAGAGGAAGACAGACAAUCAAUGGACAAGCUGGAUGACUCCACUUCAAGAUCUCCAUCCCCAGCAAAAUCGUCAGCAUCUUCAGAUGCAGAUUAUAAAUUGCCAACUGCCCUUCCCGCAUCAGGCUUUUGGCCAUCACACUUGUUGCCAAAUGCUCAAUUCCCACAUUCUGUGCUGGCAACAGGACAAGUGCUUCAGGCUAUGGCUGCAACAGGCCAUGUAACCAAUCCCUCGUCCUUAGCUCAGGCUUUGACCAAUCCGGCUACUGCUCAAGCAAUGUUUGCAUCGGGACAAAUGUCAACUAUAGCUCAAGCUCUGGCCAAUGCUAGCCACAAUCCAGCUUCCCUAACUAAAACCAUGACCUCCUCCUCCUCUCAGUCAGCAUUCAUGCCUCCAAGUUUGGCGUCGGCUGCUGCGUUCAUGCACCCUUCUUUUCCAUUUUCCCAAAUUUACGCAUUGCAAGCUGCUGCGGCAGCUGCUCUUCAACAAUCAAAAUUAAACAACAAUGUCAGUGCAGUAAAUAUAAAAACAGAAGUGAAUGACACGUCCAAGUCAGAAUCCUCCAAUGGCCAUGCUGUUGCCAGAAGUUUAUCUCCAGAUGUUCCUCUGGAUUUGGCAACCACCUCUUCUCUUAAUGCAAAAAGCAGCAACAGCCCCACUACUUCAUCUGCAGGAAAUAUGAGUGACAGCUCCAUCCGACUUCCUGAUGACCUUUCACCUAAUGCCUCCAUCCAGGAGGAGCUGGCGGAGGAUUAUAGGGAUGGUCUGGUUGGGAUGCCUAAGGUCCAGUGGUCUCCCAGUGAUGUAAACAAUCCAUUCAACUGGCACCACAUGACUACUGAUGGCAGGAAAGUUACCUCCCUUUCAAGAACUCACUCCAGGCUUCCCAUAGUGAAUUCCCCCGUCAACAGAGAUCAGAUCUGUAAACCCACGACUCUGGAUGACGGACGACAGGUCUUCAGCUGUCCUUUCUGCAGUAAGAACUUCUCAUCAUACUCAGAUAUCAACAGACACAUGGAUUUUCAUGAAGAUAUCCGUCCCUACAAAUGCAAAUAUUGUGAAUAUUAUGCGAGGACUAACAGCCAAUUGAAAGUUCAUAUGAUGAGACAUCAGGGUAUCCGAGAAUUCUGCUGCAAGGUUUGUAAUUACAAAGGUGUGACACAAUCUGACCUGAACCGCCACAUGAAAUCCCAGAUCCACAUGUUGAAAUCCAGAAAUGAGUGCAGUUACUGUGGGGAGGGCUUUGUAACAGCCAAGAACUUGGAGAAACACCUGAAUGGAAACUGCAUUGUAAAAGUCCAACAGGAAAAAGGGGAGUAUCUCUUCUGAUCAUCAAGUCACAGAAUAUAUCUAAUGUUGCUGUUCAGGCUAGUGAAGUGUAGUUAAGAACUUUCUUGAAUGUGUAGGUUUGCCAUGUUUUAAGUUUUUGAAUACUGUAUGUUGGGAAAUACAUGGUGUUGCAAUAUCAAAUAAUAAAUCAUGUUUGGAUGUCUAUCUGCAAAUCAUGUCCAUCUCAUUGUUUUAGUAACACACAUGGAACUAGAUGUAUUCUUCGAUGAGAAAAGUUUAUCCCAAGCAUUGUAAUUUUAGCAUUUAUGACACGAGUUUCAUUGUUUUGAAAUCCACAUUGAUUUUGUCAGAUCUUUAGAGAUGAUAUUUUUUUAAAUUUUGUCUGUGUUUUGUUUUUGUUUAUGCAGUUACCUCCAACCUUAAGUGAUAUUUAGAUACUGCAAAUCUUGUUAUUUUUUCCAUGUACAGCAUGUAGAUAAUAUUUUUGCAAUAUUUCGAUCUAUUGAAUUUGCAAAAAAUUAAUUUUAAAAAUACUAAUCAUGUCUAUCAGCAACGAAGUGAUAAUCUGCAAAAUUUUAUAAAUAAAGAUAAAGCUGUAUAUUGUCCCAAUUUCGCAAACAUUUCAAAAAAUUCCAGAUUUAUGGUAUUGUCUUGAUACAGUUACUAUGGUUACUGGAUGUUGAAUGCUUAAGGUUACCUUUUGUUUAGAUAUCUGCGUGAUUGAGGACCAAGCACAGUUCCCUGUUUAUUGCUGAAUAUUUUAUUAUGUGUUGAGAUGUUAUAUAUAAGAUAUGUAUUUAUGUUUUAAGUUUUCCAUAGUUUAUUUGUCCCAGAUAUUAAAAAUCACAUGAUAUACAGGUACAUUUUACAUAUUGAAAUUGUAUUUAGGUUGUGCUUAUUUUUGUUACCAGAUUUACAGUUUACAAGUUAAAGAAACAUUCCUCUUUUUUUUCAUUGUGAUAAAUAAAUUUUCAAUCAAACUGUUUUCUUUAUGUAGCCGGUAAGUGAACUCGGCGAGACUUGUAUUUUUUAUGUGUUCAUUUCAUGAGUUAAGUUGUAGAACAAAGUUCUUUUUAUGUGGUAAGUUGUAGAUCGCCACUACUAGACUUUUUCUUUACUGGAAAUCAUAAUAGACUCACGAAUUUGGAUAUAAAUUGAUUGAUAUUAGAUUUACCAUUACGCGUAUUGCAAACACGGUAGGUAUUUGCUCAUAUUUUGUUUUUAUGGUUACUCAUACUAUUACAUCCGAUGUCCAGAGGAAUGAAUGAAACCAGAUGUGUAUGUCAUUAGGGGUAAAUGUAGGCCCCCGUAAAUUUACAAGUUUGAGGUAAGGCAAACAACUCUUUCUUCCAAAUAAUGAUAGUCAUUCUGUCGGGAAUAAUGAAGAAUAAUUACAUGGAAGCCUUAUUGUAUGUUGUUGUGUAGAAAGAGAGAACACUAGCAUAUACAUUUGUAUAUAUCUAUAAAAAAUUCCGUGAAGUACACGAAUUCCAUCACCGUUAUACGGCUUUCUUACAAAUUUUAGCAUAUGCUUCAUUCUUGUAAAUAUCAUCAUUGUUUAAAACCAUUAACCUGAUAUUUUCAUAUAUGUCUUGUACUGCAUUCCAUUAUCUUAGGUAAUCAGCAACCAUAGCGUUGUGUAAUAUAUUAGUGCAAUGGGACGGAAAUUGGCAGCCAUCUAUUUUUGUCACAGAGAUAGAUUUGUUUUACUAUGAUUUCUACAGUUGCUUUGGAUGAUCUGAGUUCACAUCACGGUAUUGCCGCCAUUCAGCUCAUUAAUCGAGUCUUUUGCUUGAUGCAUGUCGUAUCGCAGAUUGAGUAUCAUGCAACACAGUAUCGAGUGUCAUGUUAUCUACACAUAGUACAAAGAUGUAUAUAUAUAAGAUGAUAUAGUUUAAAUUAUUUUCAAGUUGUACUUAGUUUAUAUAAAAGACAAUGUAAAUUGUUAAUAAUGUAUUUAAUUGUAGUUGUACAAAGGGUAUUCAUUUACUGUGAUCUUUGAAUAGUGUAUUAGAUAAUUCAUUUAUUCAGGUUUUAUCGGUACAUUUAGUGCUGCUGUAUACCCACUUAUUAAUCACCUUAUUUACCACUGAAAUCCAGAGUUUUUUUGUACAUGUAUAAUUCAUUUCAACUUAUAUGUAAGAUUUAUGAUAUACUAGUAAUCAAAGUCUGUAUCUUUUGCAUUCCAUUUGUUGAUAUAUUGUACAAUUCUAUUAGGAAAGUCUGUUUCCAAAUGUUGUUCAUCAAUUCCUGACAUGAGGAUGUAUACUUAGGUACACUUGUUAGUUACCAUUACAUUGUUAGUUAUGUUCAUUUCUAAAGGGGGGGGGGGGGGGUAUUAGAUUUGUAGUCAGUGUCUGUCCACAAAUUGAGAACUGCUGGAGAUUCAAGGUCAAGGAUUCUUGAGGAUGGGGUCUGCUAUAGAUUCACAAAUAUACAAUGGGGAUUUUUGUCAUACUGAAUAUCAAAGGUAAAAACUUGUAUCAAUAUUUUCCAGUUCAUUUGACAAAAAUAUAGUGCAUAAAUUGUUAAGGAUCCUCUGGGUUUUUAAAAAAAAAAUUUAAUCAUGGUAGAAAAAGUAGCAUUAUUUUCUUAGAUAAUUUUCAGAAAUUUAUUUUUUCAUAUUGUAAUGAUUACUUGUGAACUGUUUUGAAAUUCAAAGCAAGUCCUAAAAUUGUCAAUUGAGUCUACAAAAUUUCAUUUUUUAUUUUUUUUUUAUAUAUACCUGUGUUCAUUUUCUCUGACCACUUAACAAACAAUUAAAUAUUAAAAUGAUA